AUGAACAGAGAUUUAGCUUUGCAAAUGGUAUGGAAAAAGUCAACAUUGGCAUUGAUUCGAAAUAACAACAGUGAAGCAGGCUUACAUGUCUUGGCUAGAAAGCCUUUUGGUCUUGGCAUGGAGAUAAGUCCAUUAUUUCUCCAACUUGUUGGUUGUCUUUGGAACAUACUUCUCAAUCAUGGAUGUACAGAAACACAUAGGACAAUUAUAAAUCAACCAUCAAAAAUAACAUUUGAUGCUACAGAAAUUGGAAAUUUUCACUUUGUGGCUGAGCUUUUGAGGUCUGAGCCUGAUUUAAUAAGAGAAGUUGAUGACAAAAAAAGAAGCAUAUUUCACAUUGCUGUUCAACAUUGUCAUUCAAGCAUAUUUAGUCUAAUACAUGAAUUAGGCUCUUUCAAAGAUUCAAUUGUAGCACUUGAGGAUGAUGAAGAAAAUAAUAUAUUACAUUAUGCUGCUAAAUUAGCACCUCAUUGUCAGCUUAAAUUAAUUUCAGGAGCAGCUCUUCAAAUGACUCAUGAAAUACUAUGGUUUGAGAUCUAUGGGUAUGUUUAA